AUGCCUCCUCAUUCUUCACAUCUUUUAAAGCCCCUUGAUCAACAUUAUGGACAAAUUGUUGAGCAGCGAAUGAGGCUUGGAUUCAAUCACAUUGACAAAAUCGACUUUCUUACUGCAUUCCCAAAGGCGCGUAUGAUGGCAUACAAAGCUCAAACUGUUCGGAAUAGCUUUACAGCAACUGGAUUAGUACCAUUCAAUCCAGAUCGAGUUUAUCAACAGCUUACUGUUCGAUUGAAGACUCCAACACCCCCCCAAAGUCGAUCAAGUGAUACACAAUCAUCCUGCUUGCAAACCCCUCAAACCCCACGUCAAUUUAAGCGCCAAAUGACUAAAACGAAGAAGAGAAUAAGCCGGCAUACAAGAAGUUCAUCUGAGGCUAUUGGUGAAGUGUUUACACGGGCAUCAAAGGCUUAUGAGAUGAGUAUUAAUAAGCUUACAAUUGCACAGAAGGAACUCCAUGAUCUAUGGGCUGCACAUGAGAAGGAGAAGCAAAAACGUCAAAAAUCUAAAAAGCAAAUAUCCCAUGACCAAGGAAUUACCAGAGAGGAAGCUCAAGCACUUGUACAAGGUCAGAUUGAGGCAUCUCAAGCUGUUACUACUGCUCCGGCUGAGCAUGAGCUCCCAGUCUCUCAUCCACCAGUAUGA